AUGGUGCCGCUGAUCCUCCACGCUCUUCCGGUCGUCGUCUCGCUGGCUUCACAGCAAACUCCUCGGACCAAUCCCGCCAGCUACUUCGCCACGGAGCCACCAAAAGAAGCGGCAGACACGAUUUGCCGUUUUGCCUGUUCCCUUCUCUAUCGAUUAGUAGAACAAGUGCCAGCCCUCGUCCGUAUGUGGUACAACAAGCUCGAUCGGGCCCCAUCAAUUUCCGUCAACAAGUUCUUCCGCGAAAACUUGUCCAAGUUGGGCAUCGACGCCGAGCUGACCAAGGUGCGCGAAGGUGUGCCGAGCAUCGACAAUACGGAGAAUACGCUCAAGAUACGAACGCUACCAGCGGCUGGCGAGGUGGUGACCGAGUAUACGGUAGAAGAGACGACGAUGCGGCUGGUCAUCGUCCUGCCGAGCGAUUGGCCCCUUCAUGUACCACAAGUUACCCUUGAUAAGUCGGUCGCCGCCUCUGAACGGACGAAAAAAUGGCUACUCCAGCUGACGACGUAUUUGUUCCAUCAAAAUGGGUCGAUGCUGGACGGGCUGGUAUCGUGGAAGAAACAAGUGGACAAGGAGGUAGCCGGGGCUGAGGCUUGUACUAUCUGCAUGAUGAGUGUCCACGCCUCUUCCCAUCAACUACCCAGGGUCAAGUGCAAGCAGUGCAAGAAUAAAUUCCACUCGAAUUGCUUGUUCAAAUGGUUCGAGUCGUCAAAUCAAUCGACAUGCCCACUUUGCCGAUCUACCUUCACA